CCAGAGCCCACACAGAUUAAAGAGGAACAGGAGGAACUCUGGACCAGUCAGGAGGAAGAGCAGCUUCAAGGGCUGGAGUCUGAAAUCAGAGUAUCAGAACCAACCAGCCUCUGCAGAGUUUUAGAACCAACCAGUCUUUGCAGAGAUUCAGAAACAACCAUCUCUGUAGCAAAUCCAGAACAUGUUGAUGGGGUGGAGAGACCCAUUCUCCCUUCCUUUCCUCCAUCCCUCCCUGUUUCUGAAGAGGAGGUUCCUCCUGAGCAGCAGCACUGUGAGCAGGAGAGGAGCCCCCGUCUGGGGCAGGAGGACCCAGAGCCCACACAGAUUAAAGAGGAACGCGAGGAACUCAGGACCAGUCAGGAGGAAGAGCAGGUUCAAGGUCUGGAGUCUGAAAUCAGAGUAUCAGAACCAACCAGCCUCUGCAGAGUUUUAGAACCAACCAGUCUUUGCAAAGUAUUAGAAUCAACGUCUGUAGCAAAUCCAGACUAUUCUGCAGCUCAGAGUGAGAAGAUAGAAGAAUAUGUUGAUGGAUUGGAGAGACCCAUUCUACCUUCCUACCCUCCAGAACUCCCUGUCUCUGAAGAGGAGGUUCCCCCUGAGCAGCAAGAGAGGAGCCCCGGUCUGGGGCAGGAGGACCCAGAGCCCACAAAGGUUAAAGACAAACAGGAGGAACUCAGGACCAGUCAGGAGGAAGAGCAGCUUCACAUUGGGGUAUCAGAACCAACCAGCCUUUGUAGAGUAUCAGAACCAACCCUCUCUGCUGCAAAUCCAGACUCUUCUGAAGCCCAGAUAGAAAACAUAGAAGAACAUAUUGAUGGGUUGGAGAGACCCAUUCUCCCUCCCUUCUCUCCAGACUCCCAGCAGCCCUCUCUCCCUGUCUCUAAAGAGGAGGUUCCCCCUGAGCAGCAGGAGAGAAGCCCCGGUCUGUGGCAGGAGGACCCAGAGCCCACAAAACAAGAGGAACUCAGGACUAAUCAGGAGGAAAAGCAGCUGGAAUCUGACAGCAGAGUAUCAGAACCAACCAGUGACUCUCAGCUCCUCUCUGCAGUAAAUCCAGACGGUUCUGCAGCUCAGAGUGAAAACAGUAAAGUUCAUCAGAGUCCCACCACUUCUUCAGAACAAGAUUCUAGUAACGUGGAAUCAAAUGAAGCAUCUCAUUUCUCUAACUGGACCGACAAAAACAUUUUGGAUACAGACGGCAACUCUUUAGACAGUAGCUCUUGCACUAAAGAAGAUUCUGAGGCACGGAAACCAGCAAAGAGAACAUGCCAUUCUAGUGGUGUGGUUAAUGAGCCUUCUGAUUUGUCUAACUUAUGUGAUGAAAACAACCCAAGGACUGAGAUCAGCCCUUCAGACAGCAACAAAGACAUGAACAUCCAAACAGACUCUGGGGCUCAUAAUCCAGCUAAGAGAAAAUGUCAGCGGGUGCAGAGUCCUUCAGCAGAGAUUGUGUGCAGUAGGGAUACUACCCCAUCAUCAGCUCAAAGCUCCACAUAUGUAAUGCCGAUGCCUGUAACCGACAGUAGAAGAUCCAAGAAACAGUAUUGUCUGUACUGUGGAAAGCCUUACCUUAAAAUCGCAAGACACCUGCAGUUUGUGCAUCGGGAUGAAGUGGAUGUAGCCAAGGCCUUCAGCUUUAGAAAGAACUCGAGAGAGAGAAAAGUGAUGUUAGGUCUUUUGAAUAAAAAGGGUAACUUUGUGCAUAAUGUUGCUGUAGCAAGAUGUGGGAGUGGAGAGAUGGUCGCCUGUUCCCGGCCCAAAGUGCCGGGGUCCACUCAAGAUUACACCCACUGCAUGCACUGUCAAGGUCUGUACAAUCGAAAGACACUGUGGAAGCAUGUCAGAUAUUGCCCUCUGAAUCCCAAAGCUGACGAACCAAAACCUGGACAAAAGAUGAGGAUUCAGUCAGCAAUGGUGUUUAAGUUGUGUCCUCAACCCGAUUACGUCAGCACAGGUCUUUGGAAGAUAGUUUGUGGUAUGAACUCCGGCGAAGUUUCAUUUGUGGUAAGAAAUGACAAAUAUAUCCUCCUCAUGGGAGAAGAGAUGUACAACAAACUACAGCCAGAUGACAGAAGAAUUCAAUUCAUUCCACAAAGAAUGAGAGAGAUGGCAAGACUACUCAUCACGGCCAGGAAGUGUACACCUCUGAUGUGCUUUGAGGACUUGGUAAUACCUAGUAAUUUACCUCACGUCAUCACGGCAGUGAGAGCUGUUGCUGGCUACAACGAGGAGAACAAAACGUACGACCGCCCGACGCUGGCUGUUCAAAUGGGAUACAACUUAAUGAACAUUGGCAGCGCUGUGGAAUCCUGUGCACUAAAGUCAGGACGAUGCAAGGUCGCAGAGUUUGCAGGCAAAUUCAAAGGUUUCAAGUGGAAUGAGGUUGUUAUGGCUGGAGCACUGUCCACUCUCAGUAAACCAAAAAUGAAAUGCGCCCAGCCGGACCGUCACACAGGCACCAAGCCGCCCCAUCACACAGGCACCAAGCCGCCCCAUCACACAGGCACCAAGCCGCCCCAUCACACAGGCACCCAGCCGUCCCGUCAUACAGGCACCCAGCCGCCCCAUCACACAGGCACCCAGCCGCCCCGUCACACAGGCGCCCAGCCGACCAGGGGAAGAAACGCUGUAAAAAUAAAGUGGACUGUUGAUGAGGUAGCAGCAGUAGAGAAACACAUGAUGCAGUUCAUAAAGAGUGGCCGAGUUCCUGGAAAGAGGGACUGCCUCAAAUGCCUCCAGUCGGAACCUGUGGCGCUCAAAAGCAGAAGCUGGUCAGGCAUUAAGUUCUACGUACAUAACAGAAUCAAACGGAGAAAGAGUUUUGCAGCAAGUUCACGGGGCAGCAGCCCCGACUCAAACUCAGGUCCAGAGACUGGCAACCCAACACCUUAGCCAAAGAAAAUGUUAUUACAUUUUUGUUCAUUGUUUUUGUUAAUGGAAAUUGGCCUCUUUUGUAGAGCACAAUGGCGGAGUGUCUUCAGUGUAAAACUAACAAUGAGUCAAUAAUUCAUGCCUUCUGGGAGUGCUAUAAAGUUCACAAGAUAUGGGCAGAGUUCGAAAUCUGUCCGUCAGAAGUUUUACAAUGUAAGUUUACUUUUAAUCCUGUCUAUAUGCAUAUUUCAAGACAUGGCAUGUAGGGGUGCGGUGAGAUAACCAAUGGGGUUGGACAAUAUUAUUUUUGUCAAUUAUAUUGAAUAAGCUAUUACUUAAAUACUGGAAGUCAAAUGAUACUCCAACACUAAGAGAAUGGAAUAAUCAAAUGCUUUAUUAUUUAAAUAUUGACAAAAAUCUGUCUACAGACAGAAACAACAUAACACAAUUUGAAGUAAUCUGGGAAAAUUACCUAUUUUUUACUACUUUUUCAACCCCUGAGAUACAAACACACAGUUACUGAAGCGUCCCUGGAGCAGUCCAGGAUUUCCGGAAUACCUGUGAAUUUUGGGAAAGUUACCAGAAUUUUGCAACCCCAGUUGGGCUGUAUUAAAGAUACUAUUGAAUGUUUAUCAUCAUUGUGAAAUCUUUGAUAGAGCUAACUACUGCUUCGUACACAUGGUCACUUUAAGGAUUGAAUUGGGCAGGACUCAAAUCAUUUUGCCAUUAUUUUAUAGAGAUACCGAUAUAUACAAUAUCAGACGCCCCCAAUUUAAUGUCUGGUGUAUGUCACAUUACUCAACAACUUCAUUUGGUGUCGAAUUAGGGGAGACAGGCUUACAGUGUGCCAAUGUUACCCUAAAUGGAUUCAUUUUAUUUGCCACUCAGACUACUUUUGUGUGGUUUAGAAUUGUUUUGUUUUCUCAUGGAUGCAUUGUCAUGCUCCUGGUCUUCAUUCAAAAAUCGAAAUUCAAGACAGUUUAUUCAAACAUUAUUAGUACCAUUAUUAGAACACACAAAUACCGUCUCAAAUAUCUCCAAAGCAUCUAGUUAAUUUAUAAAACCACUAUUAUAAAUUAUAAUGAUCUGUCAUGUAUUAACUCAACUCUCUCCGUUGCAUUAUUAGAUACAGAGCCUUCAGAAAGUAUUCGCACCCCUUGACUUUUUCCACAUUUUGUUGUUACAGCCUGAAUU